AUGCCGCUAUCCCGGGAGGCUGAGGUGGACUCGGAAUCCAGAUGCAAGGAGUACUUCGUGACCUACUACGAGCCCAGCCACGAGGCGGCCCCCCGUGCGGGCGGCGGCUCGGGGUGGGGGGUCCCCCGCGCUCUUCCCCCGGGGGGCGCCGCGGCCGCAGGGCGGGCAGGGGGAGCCGGCGGGCCCGGGGUCGGGGACCCGCGGCGGCACAAAGAGGCCCGGCCGCGGCAGUUUUUUGAAACUACCGAGCUAGUGGAUCUGGGCCGGGGCCCAGGGAGUGACGAGGAGGGAGGCAGCGCGCGCCAGCGAGCGAGGGGGAGGCGGGAGGAGGGGGAGCGCGGGGCGCGGGGCUGGCCGCAGACCUCGCCGGCCUCCAGCGGGAAGCGCGCGGGUGGCGGUGGCGGGGCGGCGGCGGCGGGAUGGGCGGCCCGGCGCCCCCCGGCUGCGACCCCGCGGACCCUCCCCUCGGCGCGCCGCCUACUCAGCCGGGCGCUAGAGCGGGCGGCGCGUAGGGCGGCGAGCGGGCUCCCGCCGAGGAGCCGCCGGUUCCCCCCCACACCCCCCCAACUCCGGCCACACGGCAGCUCGAGCCGCCGCCCCGGGGCGCUCCCGAGGCCCCGCAGGAGGGACCAUGAAAGGCCCCCAGCUGGGCUGGAUGCAGAGUCUUGCAGAUUCACCCUUGACCUUGGAGCAAAGGAAUUCGGCUUGUGUUACCACUUGCCGGGAAAUGGAAGGAUCCUGAGCUGGAUCAAACAACCGGCUCUUAUUCCACCCCAAGGGUUUGAGCAAGUGAGGUCGGCCACCGGCGACGGAGAUGCAUUGUGUGUUACAGAAGAGGAGCUGGCUGGUGAUGACGAGGACAUGCCGACCUUCCCAUGCACACCAGAGGACCGGCCGGGGUCCCGCUGCAGCCGCUGCCAGAAGAACCUGUCUUUGCACACAUCGGUGCGGAUUCUUUACCUCUUCCUGGCCCUGCUCCUAGUGGCCGUGGCCGUGCUGGCCUCCCUGGUUUUCAGGAAAGUGGACUCUCUCUCAGAAGACAUCUCCCUGGCCCAGGCCAUUUAUGACAAGAAGCUUAUGUCUAUGCAGGAAAAUCUCCAAGGACUGGAUCUGAAAGCCCCAAACAACUGUUCCUUCUGCCACGAGGCUGGGCAGCUGGAGCAAGAGAUCAGAAAACUGCAGGAGGAGCUGGAGGGAAUUCAGAAGAUGCUUCUGGCCCAGGAGGUGCAACUGGACCAGACCUCUCAGACCCACGAGUUGCUCUCCACCACCAGCAGUCAGAUCUCCCAGGAGAUGGGCAGUUGUUCAUUCUCCAUCCACCAAGUCAACCAGUCUCUGGGGCUCUUUCUUGCCCAGGUGAGAGGCUGGCAGGCCACCACAGCCGGCCUGGACCUCUCUCUGAAGGACCUCACCCAGGACUGCUAUGAUGUCAAGGCUACAGUCCACCAGAUCAACUUCACCGUGGGGCAGACUUCGGAGUGGAUCCACGGGAUCCGGCGGAAGACUGACGAGGAGACCCUGACCCUCCAGAAGAUUGUCACCGACUGGCAAAACUACACCCGGCUCUUCAGCACCCUGCGCACCACCUCAGCCAAGACCGGAGAAGCGGUCAAGAACAUCCAGGCCACCCUGGGGGUCUCCUCCCAGCGCAUCAGCCAGAAUGCCGAGAGCAUGCACGACUUGGUGCUGCAGGUCAUGGGCCUGCAGCUGCAGCUGGAUAACAUUUCAUCCUUCCUGGACGACCAUGAAGAGAACAUGCACGAUCUGCAAUACCACACCCGCUAUGCCCAGAACCGCACGGUGGAGAGGUUCGAGACACUAGAAGGACGCAUGACUUCUCAUGAGAUUGAGAUCAGCACCAUCUUCACCAACAUCAAUGCCACCGACAACCACGUGCACAGCAUGCUCAAGUACCUGGACGAUGUGAGGCUCUCCUGCACGCUGGGCUUCCACACCCAUGCUGAGGAGCUCUACUACCUGAAUAAGUCUGUCUCCCUCAUGCUGGGCACCACAGACCUGCUCCGGGAGCACUUCAGCCUGCUCAGUGCGCGGCUGGACUUCAACGUCCGCAACCUCUCCAUGAUCGUGGAGGAGAUGAAGGCUGUGGACACGCAGCAUGGAGAAAUCCUUCAAAACGUCACCAUCCUAAGAGGUGCUCCCGGCCCUCCAGGACCAAGAGGACCCAAAGGAGACAUGGGCACGAAGGGGCCCAUUGGCAGCAGAGGACCAAAAGGAGACCCUGGUAGCUUCGGCCCCCCGGGACCCCAGGGGCCUCAGGGGCAGCCUGGAGACCCAGGACCUGUGGGAGAAAGGGGGCCGGUUGGCCUUCGAGGUUUCCCAGGCCUCAAAGGCUCAAAGGGAAGCUUUGGAAGUGGAGGCCCAAGAGGACAGCCAGGCCCCAAGGGGGACGUGGGGCCCCCAGGGCCAGAGGGGCCCCCAGGGUCUCUGGGACCCUCAGGGCCUCAGGGAAAACCAGGGAUUGCUGGGAAGACAGGGUCCCCGGGCCAGCGGGGGCCCAUGGGGCUUAAGGGUGAGCCAGGGAUCCAGGGGCCCCCUGGACCCCCAGGGCCCCCAGGCCCACCAGGAAGCCAGAGCCGCUACUAAGGGCCCCAGGCCCAGACACUGCUACACAGGAUG